GUGCGUUUACAGUGGGGGCGUGGCCGGGCCAGGUUUUAGCCAGACUGCGCGGCCGGACGCCGGCGCCAUGGAGGAGUACGCUCGGGAGCCUUGCCCAUGGCGAAUUGUGGACGAUUGCGGUGGAGCCUUCACUAUGGGCGUCAUCGGCGGCGGAGUUUUCCAGGCCAUCAAGGGCUUCCGCAACGCCCCUGUCGGAAUACGGCACCGAUUGAGAGGUAGUGUCAACGCUGUGAGGAUCCGAGCCCCCCAGAUUGGAGGUAGCUUUGCCGUGUGGGGAGGCCUGUUCUCCACCAUCGACUGUGGUCUGGUGCGGCUGCGGGGCAAGGAAGAUCCCUGGAACUCCAUCACCAGUGGAGCACUGACUGGGGCUGUGCUGGCUGCCCGCAGUGGCCCAUUGGCCAUGGUGGGCUCAGCAAUGAUGGGGGGCAUCCUGCUGGCCCUCAUAGAGGGCGUUGGCAUCCUCCUCACUCGCUACACUGCCCAGCAGUUCCGCAAUGCACCCCCGUUCCUGGAGGACCCCAGCCAGCUGCCCCCUAAGGAGGGUACCCCAGCCCCAGGCUAUCCCAGCUAUCAGCAGUACCACUGAGGAAGUGACUGCCUCUCAUCACCACCAUGGGAGCCCCUCCUCCGUUCCCUCCCAGAUGAUCUACCUCGAAGGGAGGGCUGGCUCCCAGUUGGCCCUGGGACCCUCCAGAGAGGGCUUCUACUCUGCUUCCUUGUCCCAGGGUGGGGGUGGGGCACCCCAGCUGCCCUGACGGAUGGGUCCCCUUCUCUCUCAGGGCACCCCAACCCCACACUCACAUGUAACAAGUUCUCACCCCAUCCCCUUUUCGUGGCGCCCUGAUGAGUAUUUAAAGCCAGUUUUGAAAUGCCUGUGUAUGUAUUCCUUGGGUCACCCAUGGGAGCCCCUCCUUAAGGACAAGGGGCAGAGCCCUCUUCAGGGACUCAGAAGCCGUAGGAUUUGGAAUCCCACAGAGAGUGGCGCUCUACUAAAUAUUUGUGGGAUGAAUGAGCAGGAGGGGGAAUGAAUCAAGAUAUGAAUAGGUACAUGAAUAAGGGUAUGUGGGGGCCCGGUGAUGAAUCAUAAGCAAACAGGGGAAUAGGCUUGGGAAAGAAGUGAGUGAACAGAAGGAUUGCUGGGGGGCGGGGUAUAGUUCUGCAUCUUGCACCCCUUACCCUCACAUGCACACCAAUACCUUGGCCCCUCCUUCCCAUGCCCCCAUUGCCAAGGCUGGAAAAUCUGGCCUCACAAUAAAUUCUGGCUUUCUGGAUACCAGUCAACCCAUUUAUGAAGGUAGUCUCCCUCUGUGUGGCCUGUGAACCUGGGAUGGAAGUAGGUGUCAGAGAGACCCAGCUUUCUUGAGGAAGAUGCCCUGUGUCAGUCUCUGCUGUAUCACAGAGAUACUUGUGCUCCAUGAUGGUCUGUGUUGUAAUUUUUUUAAUGUUUAUUUUUGAGAGAGAGAGAGAGAGAGCGUGAGUGGGGGAGGAACAGAGAGAGGAGGAGACACAGAAUCUGAAGCAGGCUCCAGGCUCUGAGCUGUCAGCACAGAGCCUGAUGUGGGGCUCCAGCUCACGAACUGCGAGAUCAUGACCUGGGCUGAAGUCGGAAACUUAUCUGACUGAGCCACCCAAUGCCCCUGUAAUUUUUUUAAGGGCAACCAUAAAAUAACCAGAAAGUUUUCAUAUUGGGGUGGGGGAUGGUUAUGGGAAAGAGAUUUUUCUGGAUGGACUUUAGCCCCAAACACUGUUUCUUCCAUGCAGACCCCUACAUACGAGACAAAUAUUGUCACCACUGGGGUACCAAUGGCCUC